CUGGAACAAGAAACAGACCAGUGCUCAGUGGGUGUGAUCACGGCAGAUACAUAUAUUCUAGGCUAUAUUCUAACAUCCGGAUUCAACAAGUUGAAGAAUUUAGCUUACCUGAAUUUGUCACAUGCUGGUUUUAGGGGGCAGAUUCCAUCAGAUAUUUCUCAACUAACAAGGUUGGUUACUCUUGAUUUAUCUAAUAAUCAUCUAGAUACCCAAAAUUUUCGAAAGCUUGUCCAAAACCUCACCAGUAUAAGGCAAUUGUAUUUGGAUGGUUUGCAACUAAGAGAUGAUCAAGGACAAGAAUGGCGCAAUGCUUUGUUGCCGCUGCGUGACCUCCAAGAACUUAGCAUGGCAAAUUGCAAUCUCAGAGGACCCUUUGAUGCUUCUUUGACAGGAUUUGAGAAUCUAUCCAUCAUUAUUCUUGAUAAAAACAACUUUUCAUCCCCUGUGCCAGAGACAUUUGCCAAUUUUAAGAAUCUCACUACCCUCAGUCUUAGCCGUUGCAACUUGAAUGGAAUAUUUCCACCGAAGAUCUUCCAGAUUGAAACAUUGUCAUUUAUCGACAUAUCAUGGAAUGACAAUCUCGAUGGUUUCUUUCCAGACUUCCCACUGGGUGGAUCUCUCCGUACCAUAAGAGUGAGUCUCACAGACUUCUCUGGAACUCUCCCACACUCUAUUGGUAACCUGAGGCACUUAUCUGAAUUGGAUCUUAUUGGUUGUCGAUUUAAUGAAACACUUCCCAAUUCACUGUCAAACCUCACUGAACUCACUCACCUGUAUUUGUCAUAUAACAACUUCACAGGUCCAUUGCCAUCAUUUGGUAUGACCGAAAAACUAACCCACCUCGACCUUUCUCAUAAUAGCUUAAGCGGUGCAAUUCCUUCAUCUCUUUUUAGGCUUCCAUUACUAGAGGAGAUUGAUCUUGACGACAACCAGUUUAGUCAGCUUGAUGAAUUCGUAAAUGUGUCUUCCUCUGCAUUGACCCUCCUUGACUUGAGUCAUAAUUCUAUUAGUGGGAGCAUUCCAUCAUCUCUUUUUACGCUCCCAUUACUAGAGAAGAUUUAUCUUCGAGACAACCAGUUUAGUCAGUCUCAUGAAUUCACAAAUGGGUCUGCCUCUGUAUUGAACUACCUUGAUUUAAGCAACAAUGAUCUAUCAGGGAAUUUUCCAGAGUUUAUCUUUCAGCUCAGUGCACUUUCAGCCCUUUACCUUUCCUCUAACAAGUUCCAUGGACCAUUGCAGCUAAAUAGUUGUUUACCGCUUAGAAAUUUAUCUCAUCUGGACAUUUCAUACAACAGCUGGUCAGUCAAUGCGAAUAUGGCCUCUCCUUUUCCCAACCUUAGAAAUCUAUAUAUGGCAUCUUGCAACUUGAAAACCUUCCCUAAUUUCUUGAGAAAUCAAUCCACAUUAAGAUCUUUACACCUUUCAAGGAACCACAUUCAAGGAAUAGUGCCCAACUGGCUUUGGAAAUUAAAAGAUCUUGAAGAACUUGAUAUUUCAAGCAAUUUGUUGACUGAUUUGGAAGUGAAAAAUGUUUCUUCCUUGAUAAAACUUGACGUUCAUGACAACCAACUACAAGGGCAAGUACCUAUUUUUCUUGUAAAUGCUUCCUAUUUGGAUUAUUCCAGGAACAAGUUUAGCUCUGUUAUCCCACAAGAUAUCGGUAAAUACCUGUCUUCGGCAGUGUUCCUCUCUCUUUCAGACAAUAAAUUCCAUGGCAACAUCCCAGAUUCCCUCUGCAAUGCUACACAUCUUGAAGUGCUUGAUCUUUCAAUCAACAACUUUUCUGGAACAAUUCCCUCUUGUUUAAUGACAAUGACUAAGACCCUUGAGGUAUUGAGUUUGAAGGACAACAACCUCAAAGGAGCUAUCCCAGAUAUGUUUCCAGCUUCUUCUGCUCUAAGCACUCUGAAUCUCCAUGGAAAUCACUUGCAUGGGCCAAUUCCAAAAUCUCUUGCCCACUGUUCCAAAUUAGAGGUACUGGACCUUGGAAAAAAUCAUAUUGCUGGUGGCUUUCCAUGCUUUUUGCAAAACAUAUCCACAAUUCGGGUACUGGUUUUGCGCAACAACGAAUUUCAAGGUUCCCUAGGAUGUGGACAAGCCAAUAAUAAGCCUUGGAAAAUGCUUCAAAUUGUCGACAUCGCUUUUAACAACUUUAGUAGCAAACUAAAGGGACAAUAUUUCACAAACUGGGAAACAAUGAUGCAUAAUGAAGAUCAAUCAGAGGGAUUUAUAGGAGAAGGAUCAUAUUAUCAGGAUAGCGUGACAGUGAUCAACAAAGGUCAAGAGAUGGUGUUGGUUAAAAUUCUUACUAUCUUCACAUCCAUUGAUUUCUCAUCUAACCAUUUUGAAGGACCAAUACCUGAGGAGCUUAUGGAUUUUAAAGCACUCCAUGUUCUCAACCUUUCAAACAAUGCUCUCUCUGGUGAGAUCCCAUCAUCCAUAGGGAACCUGAAACAGUUGGAGUCCUUGGACCUCUCACAGAACUCAUUUCAUGGAGAAAUUCCUGUGCAGUUUGCAAGUCUGACAUUCCUUUCUUAUCUGAACCUCUCCUUCAAUCAUUUGGAGGGGAAGAUCCCAACAGGUACCCAACUCGGCCAGCAUCCUGCCUGCUAGGUAGCGUUCAAAACGGGGCGCUGUCUGCUACGCUAUAAGGAAAUAACGUUGCGCCCUCACUAACACCAAUUGGUUUUGGCGUAGUGACAAUAUGCAUGUUGCGGAAUUGGAGGUCGGUACAAUUACAAUGCAUCAGCAGAUUGUGGAGAAGCUGGAGUGAUUGCUUAUGAUGAUCCUUCUGAGUUUAUUGGGUGGGAUAAUGUUCAUUUGACAGAGGCAGCAUGUAGAGAUUAAAAAUUUGAAAGUGUGUGUGAUUGAUUGUAUGAGAUAGAGACAGAAAGUGGGAAACAAAGGGAGAAGACACCAUUUGUGUUGGGCAUUGUUAGAAAUAAUGUGACUUCAAUUAGGCGCAUUGCUGAUUUAGGGACUAAUUGUUACUUUAAAUAAGGACUCAUUCAUUUCUUUCAAGAGAUCCUGAAUUGACUUUAUAAGCACAUGCUAUUUUCCUUCACUUCUUUUAAAAAUCACAUCAAAAUUUGCAUAGAAAA